GAACACUUCUACCUUUUUAACUCUAAAGCCAAGAAAGCAAGCCACUAAGGUUUUGAGAGAAGAUCAAAAUGGCUUCUAAAAGAUCAGCUUCCAUGGUCCUCCUGUUGGCACUCAACAUUCUCUUUUUUUCCCUAGUCAGUGCUUGUGGCUCUUGCUCUUCACCCCACCCUAAACCAAGGCCAAACCCAAACCCCAACACCCCCACUCCUACUCCAUCUGCACAAGGCAGGUGCCCUAGGGAUGCCCUCAAAUUAGGUGUAUGUGCCAAUGUGCUUAACCUAGUCAAUGUCACCGUUGGUUCACCCCCAGUGAUGCCAUGCUGUUCCCUUCUCAAUGGCCUUGUCGACCUCGAAGCUGCUGCAUGCCUUUGCACCGCUAUCAGAGCUAACAUUUUAGGCAUCAACCUUAACAUCCCAAUUUCCCUUAGCUUGCUCCUCAACGUUUGUUCAAGGAACGUUCCUACUGGCUUCCAAUGCUAAAUCAUCACUGUUCCCUACAUAUUUUAUCGUCUUUCUUAUGGUGUUUGUGUUUGAUUUUAGAAAGUUAUGAUUUCUAUUAUUUACUCUGUGUUUUCAUUUGUAACUUUGUUGUUUAAAUUUCCUUGUGGGGAUUGAUAUAGAAUAAGUUUAAUACUUUUCUUCAAAUGUUUUUCUUAGGGAACUUUAGUAUCUUUAAGGGACAUGAAAAGACUUGUAUUAUUCAGCUUGUUUUAUUUCCUUACUUCUUGUUUCCUUGUCACUUUAUUUAUAAAAUCUCUGCAUCUAGUUAUGGCAAUAAA